GGAGUAACAGAAACGAGGCAGAGUUUCGCGACUGCCAGACUUUUCAGAGACACAAAAUUUAUUUGAUGAGUUUGGAGAUCUUUGGAGGGAAAUUGUAGUGAGAUCUUAGACGACGUGAAUGGGGACAUCAGUGGUAGGAACUGAACUUUGCUAUUGUGUUUUGUCUAAGUGUAAACAGUGAGUUUUGAUUGUGUUUUAGAAGCGUCAUGACAACAAACUCAGGCUUGGUAUUAUGUCAGCUAUGGAUGGGAAGUUUAGAACCCUAUAUGACAGAAAGUUUUAUUAUGUCUGCAUUUCAAAGAAUGGGAGAGAAUCCUCAGAAUGUUAAAGUUAUGAGAAAUAAAUACACAGGGGAGCCUGCUGGUUACUGCUUUGUGCACUUUGCAACUGAUGAAGCUGCACUGAAUGCAAUGCACAAAUUAAGUGGAAAAGUUAUUCCUAACACUAAUCCACCUGUACGAUUUAAACUAAAUCAUGCUGGGACGACAGGCCGACCGUCAGGUGACCGGGAGUAUUCUCUGUGGGUGGGUGACUUAACUCCUGAGGUUGAUGAUUACACACUGUACAAAACAUUUGCAUCUCGAUAUCCAUCAAUCAGAACAGCAAAAGUGAUACUAGACAAUGCUGGUUACAGUAAAGGUUAUGGCUUCAUCAGGUUUGCCAAUGAAGAGGAACAGAAGCUGUGCCUUAUCCAGAUGAAUGGAUACAAAGGACUUGGCGGGAAACCCAUCAAAAUAAGCAACGCAGUGCCGAAACCACACAGGUUUACUACCACAGGCACUGACACCAGUACCUUCACGACAACUACUACAGCAGCAACAAGUGGGGGUUACAGCUCCAGUUCAGAUUACAGUCAGUACUAUGACCCAUCAUAUUGGCAGAAUUAUUCUGCAUGGCAAGGAUAUUAUGACACAAGUACUGAUCCAGCAGCUACUGCAUCAGCACAUGCGCAAGCCUCCCAUGAUUACUAUCAGAGUAUGAGUGCGUACUCCAGUGCACCGGUAGUGGAAGAUACUACUAACCAUGAGGAUGACCUUGAGCUUAUUGAACAUAAUCAGCAGAUAGAUGUUGAGAAGCUGAACAGAGAAGUAACUGAACGAGAUUACUGUCUCUGGGAUGCCCUAGAAAGCUCAAAAUGGCUACCUGUGGAAGGAUUGGAAUGCUGCUGAAAAUGAAGAAAGUGUGUACAGUUGUAAAAUAUUUCAUUCCUCAUUGUAGCAAUUUUUCACAUGUUUCUUUUUUUAUAAAAUCCAAUAAUAAAUAGGGUCAGGUGAUACAAUUUCACCAUCCU